AUUUCAUGUCUUUGUUCAUUAGACUGUCAGAGGAGCACAUCACCAAUCAUGCAAGUGAGAAUGAUGCAGAGAACUGUCCCGCUAUUGUUCUGCUGCCUGUUACUUUCAGCGACAUCUUCCCCAGUCUAUCCACUGAGGUUCGGUCAGAGAGCGGCUACGAUACUGAUGACCUCCUCUAUUGAGGAUCCAAUGCAGUUGCCAGCAGACACUUCAUCCCAAACACCAGAUGCUGAGUUUAGGUUUGGAAGACAUGCUGACGCCAUCUUUACCAACAGCUACCGAAAAGUUCUCGGUCAAAUAUCUGCCAGAAAAUUCCUUCAAACUGUAAUGGGCAAAAGACUUGGACCAGAAACUCAAAACUAUGUGAAACGCCAGUCUGGCAUAUAUGGAGACACCUUCAAACAAGAUGUGGAUAUGGAUGUCAUUGAGAGGGAACAAAGUUACAGAGAACCACAAAGACUUAAGUUCUCAGUAGUUACACAAUGAUUAUAAAUUAAUACAAAAACUGUGAACAGUCUUUAUACUUGCAUUUGCCACAUUUCACACUGGAUUAUUAAAUCUCAGUUCACCCUUCAUACAGUUUUCUGUGCACUGUGUAUUUUUACAGCCAGUGUUCAGAAGGUCUGCCACAGAAAUAGUCCCUACCUAAAAAUACACAAUUGUUUAAAUGUAUUAGACAUCCACACCAUAGCAGGUACAUAUGGUUGUAUAGUGGUAUAACUGAUCAUUCCCUAAGCCACUCCUUAAAAACACUGAUGACAAAUCCUACCUGAUAUCAGAACUCUUGCCAAAAUAUAUUGAAA